AUGGUUCAACUCAACCGCCAUCGCACAACCACGGCCCAGCCGAAACCCAGAUACGGCCAUCUGUCCCAGAUUGACCCCGUAUUCGCAACUCUCAAAGACGCUCUCGACAAGAGAUUCUCCGAGCUGUGGUCUUUGUCGCUGGACGAUUUGAAAACUGCGUACCGAAAUGCUCCUCCGGCGCUCCCAGAAGACGUCCCCGUGGCGGGAAGGGACUACCAAGUGUCAGAUCGAGAGAUGUCGACCAGAGACGGCGCAACGAUCGGUUUGCGGAUCUACAGGCCCAUGCAGAGCAGGGCAGGGGCUGUGUUGGUUCUGAAAGCGCAUGGAGGGGGCUGGGUCCUGGGGAACCACCAGGUCGAAGAAGUCGAAAACCGCAUGUUGGCUGCUGCACAUGGCGGCGGGGCCGUGGUCGUCAGUGUCGAUUACCGAAUGGCGCCGGAGUACAAGUUCCCCUACGCGGUCAACGACUGUUUUGAUGCCUUGAAAUGGGCAAAAUCAAUCAUCGUCGCGGGAGGAAGUGCCGGAGGCAACAUCGCGGCUGUCCUCGCCCUGAUGGCCCGCGAUCAAAACGAGUCGGGCAUCAUCGGACAGGUGUUGAACAUCCCCGUCACCUGCCACCCGGAUCUUUUCCCCCGAGACAAAUACGAGUACGGCAGCUACGAACAAAACGACAGUGCCAGCGUCGUCGACGCGCCCAAGAUGCACUGGUUCUGGGAACAUUACAUGCCCGAGGUCGUCCCAGACGUGUAUGCCAGCCCACUCUUGUCCAAGAGUCACGCUGGACUACCACCCGCUCUGAUUCAAGUAGCUGGCCUCGAUCCUCUCCGAGACGAAGGCCUAGCCUACACGGAAGCACUCAAGGAUGCUGGUGUGCCUGUCACUCAAAAAGUAUAUCCCGGAUUGCCGCACGGUUUUUACCUGGUUCCGACCCUGGAACAGACGCGACAGUAUUGGAAAAGCACGGUAGACUUUGUCAAGCAUCUCAGCGCAUCCGCCAGGAUUUAA